GGCUUGGCACUGGCCGGCGACACUAGUGCAGGCACAAGCGCCGCGCCGCGCGACUGCAGAACAACCGUUCCAAAUUCAAAACAUCCGAAUGUGUAUUAGAAUUUGAGAUUGUUUUGGACUUCCGAAUCGACGUGACUAAUUGUAACGUUGAAUAGGCAGUUGAAAUGCGACUGUACGAAGUGUUUUUCGGUUCAGAGCGUUCGGGAGUCGUGUCCUGUCUCCGAAAAUAAAAUAUUGGAGGACUGUGAUUUGAUAAUGUUCGUUUAAACGUACAAAAUAUAUUUAAUUGUUGAUAAUGAUGGCCCUUCACGACAGAUGACGAAGAUUGAGAACAAAAAUAAAUUAGCUUAAGUAGUCAAAGUACCUGAUUAUAAUAAAAUGACGGCCAGCCAUAAGGAAACCAAAACUACUAUGGCGGAGGACAAGCCGGAGCUCGGGUUCAACCUGGACGGGAUCCUGGCGGAGCUGGGCAGCUUCGGCAAGUACCAGCUGCUGCUGCUGCUGCUUCUGGCCUUCCGGGAUUCCUUCCUCGCCAUGUGCAACUUCCACUUCGUGUUCACUGUUGCUGAGGUCAACUACAGAUGCCACGUGCCAGAGUGUGAAUACUUCAACAAUAGCCGGUACAACGCGACGUGGUCUCACUUCGCGCUACCCGAAACCGGAGUGUGCCAUAGAAUGGUGCCUUACAAUGAGAGUGCUGGGAAUAUGUCAGUACUAAUGCAGCAUUGGAACGCGUCCAGUGAGAUAUGGACGCAGGAGAAAUGCACAUCGAGGAUGUUUAGUGAAGAGGAGACGAUGCCGUGCCGUGACUUGGUUUAUGAAGACUACAAUAGUAUGGUGGCAGAGUUCGACCUGGGCUGCCAGCCGUGGAAGAAGACUCUAGUCGGAACUGUACAUAACUUAGGACUCAUACUCUCGUUUGUCAUAUCGGGAUUUAUAUCCGACAGAUACGGGCGCAAGGUGAUCAUCGUGGGCACUCCCCUCAUGGUGGGCGUGUGCGGGCUGCUCAAGUCCUACUCCGUGGACUACUGGAUGCUGCUGGUGCUGGAGUUCCUCGAGGCCUCGCUGGGCUACGGGAACGCGUCGCUGGUCUUGUCUCUAGAAGCGGUGAACCAGAACAACCGAGUGAUCUACUCGUGCAUAUCCGACAGUCUGGCCAACUUCGGGGCAGCAUUUUUCGGCUUGAUAGCCUGGAAGGUUCCUUACUGGCGGUACAUGAUGAGGACUAUAUACGCGCCUCUACUCAUCGUAGUCUUCUAUAUCUUCCUGGUCGAUGAAGGGGUCCGGUGGUUGUUUGCUAAUAAACGGGAGGAUGAGGCGGUGAAGAUUGUGCAUAAGGUGGCGAAGGUUAACAAUGUGACGCUGUCGUACAAGGCGCAGGAUAUGCUGACGAAGAUCAAGGAGGAGAAGAGCAAGGCUGAUCAAGACCUCGAGAAGCCGAGUCAAGAGACGAUGUCGAUCAUAUUCUCCGACCUCCGCUCCAGGACCAUCUUGCUCCGAGUGGUGCUGAUCGCCGCUUGUUUCUUCUGCACGAUGUUCAUCUACAACGGCGCCAUCUUGAAUGCCGUCCACGUCUCCGGCAACAAGUACCUCAACUACUCGGCCAUGAUGCUGGUGGCUAUCCCUGUGAGGGUCAUCACGGCUCUCACCUUUGCGAAGUUUGGAAGGAAGGCUCCGAUUUGUGUGGCGUACUGCUUCUGCUCUGUCUUCUUUAUCGCGUCCGCUUUUGUUCCUAAAUCACUCUCCUGGGCGUCGAUCCUCCUCUACGUAGUGGCCAAGAUGGGCAGCAGCUACGGCAUGUUCGCGAUGUUCGUGGUGGCCGUGGAGGUGUUCCCGACCACGUCCCGCAACUCCAUGGUGAACAUCGCGCAGACGGUCGGCCGGCUCGGGUCCGUGCUCGCGCCGCAGACUCCGCUGCUGACGAAAUACAUGGACGGCCUGCCAAGCGUAGUCUUUGGAGUAGUGGCCCUAGGUCCUUGCCUGCUGUCUUUCUUUCUACCGGACACCAGUAAAGCCAGCCUGCCUGAUGACGUCAGAGCUGCGGAGAGCCUCGACCACACACUGAGUAGCGACACACAGGCUGUUGACAAGGAUAUGCAGAAGGAACAAGUGUGAUCUGUGGUCGUUUGGAAUCGAUCCUUGGAUAAAGAUGAUGAUGAACAUUUUACUCCCAAAUAAAUAUUUAGUUAUGUUUAACUAGAUCAUGUUGAUGACGAUAUUAUUGGGUUUGCAUAAAUGGUGCUUGGAGAAUUCACAGAAGACCGUUAACUCAGAUUAAUUAUAAGAUUCAGAGUGUUGUGGUGUUAUUAAGCGUGAUGAUUACUUAGACAGAAUUAUGUGAUUGUAAAGUGAUAGUGAUAUGGUGAGGGACCAGUGACAAUUAAGUGAACUAUUGAACCAAAGCUAAGCCAAAAUGUAUUGUGAAUCUGUAUACGGUAUCGCAAGGAUGGCUUUAUUAGUCUCGCGAUGUCGUAUUAGCAUUAUGCAUUUCACCUAUUAUUUAUUAAAGUUUUUACAACUUUUAUGCUAAGACAAACGUAUUUUAUAUGUAUGUUAGGGAUAGUAAAACUAUAUAUUUUUUUGAUAACA